AAACCUGGACUAAGAAUUCUCAUUAUUAGAAUCGUGGUGUCAUCUAGAGUACCCUAAUAGUAAAAUGUUUCUCACACGUUCCGAGUAUGAUCGCGGCGUCAACACAUUCAGCCCUGAAGGAAGGCUGUUCCAGGUGGAAUACGCCAUAGAAGCUAUCAAACUUGGCUCCACUGCAAUUGGCAUUUGUACUUCGGAGGGAGUUGUUUUGGCGGUGGAAAAAAGGAUAACUUCAACUUUGAUGGAACCCACGACCAUCGAAAAGAUUGUUGAAGUAGAUCGACACAUCGCUUGCGCCGUUUCGGGUCUAAUGGCCGACUCCAGGACCUUAGUUGAAAGAGCCCGAGUUGAAUGUCAAAACCACUGGUUUGUGUACAAUGAGCGUAUGAGUGUAGAAUCAUGUGCUCAGGCCGUUUCCAACUUAGCUAUACAGUUUGGAGACAGUGACGAUGAUAGCGGAACAGCCAUGUCACGGCCAUUUGGUGUUGCUGUUAUGUUUGCAGGCAUUGAUGAGAAAGGCCCUCAACUGUUUCAUAUGGACCCGAGUGGUACAUUUGUGCAGUAUGAUGCCAAGGCCAUUGGUUCUGGCAGUGAAGGUGCCCAGCAGAGUUUGAAGGAGAUUUAUCACAAGUCGAUGACCCUCAAAGAGGCCAUCAAGUCUGCACUCACCAUACUGAAGCAGGUCAUGGAGGAAAAGCUCUCGGAGAACAAUGUUGAAGUAGUGACAAUGACUCCUGGAUCAUUGUUCCACAUGUUCACAAGGGAACAACUUGCUGAGGUUAUCAAAGACAUACCUUAAAAAUGUAGUUUGGUGUGCAGUUUUUGAAGGGAGAUUAGACAUAUGGCACUAAAUAACUAAUCAUAUCUUAUUAUAAAUCUCACAUUUAUUUGGAAUUUCCAGAAACACCACCCUUUAAAAUAAGAUAGUGGAAUUGGGAUUCUAAAGCUAUAAAGUAUUUUGGCUCAUUAGUAGGUAGGGCAUUUAUCUCAAAUAAUAAAGAGAUCAACUCUGUUAGAAGGCCAAACCUUGUGAUAUUUUCUGUAUUACUCUUAACUUAUCAAUAGAUAUUGAUUUACAGAUAUAGUUUUUUUAUAAGGAUAAUGAAUUCAUGUUUAUCAUGUCAAAAUAAUAAUUCAGAACACAUGAAUAAAACUGUGUUGAGUCAGACAGUGCUACUUUUCAUAUAAACUUUUAGAACUAUAAUAAUUAAUGUCUACACUUCCUUCAUUAACUGUUUAGUUAUUAAUAAAAACUAAUUUUUUUGUAUAUCGAGUUAUAUUUUGAGAAAAUUGUGUAAAGAUAUUGUAUUAUUGAUUAUGAUAUUUAUUAUUAUCCUUUUUUAUAUAUAAUAUUAGUAUUUUUUGAAUUGUAACUGUUGUCAUUCUCAUACUUUUCAUUAAACAGAUACAGAUUUUGUCAGUUCGUAAAGUAAAUAAUUUUACAAUUUCUAUCGUUCACACUCAAAUAGUCUCAAAAAUUAUUAUUCUGUAUUAUAGAAUUGAAAAUUGAGAUAAAGUUAUAAACUGUUUUAUAUGUACUGUUUAUUUUCAUCAAUCUGAGAUUGACAGCCUUGUAUGUGUUUGAUUUAUAUCAUGUAGUUAUACUGAGUAUUUCAUUGGUAAUGUUUCGUGAAUAUUUUACUUUAGUAUUGUAUUUAGACACAGUUUUUUUAAAAUAUCACGCAAGGAUGAGGGCGUUGAACAGUGAGUAUUACUGUUUAUUAAUAAAAAUAUGUAACAUAUUUAAAAUUUUUGUAAUUA